GUGGCCGCCGGUCUGAACACUGAAGUUUCCGUGCAUGCUUCAGUUUUCAGUUCUGUGGAUAGGCCUUGGAUGGAGAUUCAGUGAAACCACGAGAAUUGCCAGAGAGAAUUCACUGCAUUUGUGAAGAGCUUCAAUGCAUUUGUGAAGAGCAGUUGCUUAAAAAAAUCGUGAUUUUCAACACUCUCCUGGGACUAUUCCUAAUGCCACAGAUUUUCUGGGAAUUAGCGAUGAUCAGACUGUACACUCCUGUCUCACUUUAUCCCAGGUAUUAAAUAUGCUGUUGUCAAUAGGAAUGCUGAUGUUGUCUGCUACUCAGAUAUACACUAUUUUGACAGUUCAGUUAUUUGCUUUCCUGAAUCUUCUACCAGUGGAGGCAGAUAUUUUAGCAUAUAACUUUGAAAAUGGAACCCAGACUUUUGAUGAUCUACCUGCUAGGUUUGGCUACAGACUGCCAGCAGAAGGCCUGAAGGGAUUUCUAAUAAAUUCAAAGCCAGAGAAUGCUUGUGAGCCUAUCGCCCCACCUCCAGUGAAAGACAACACGUCCAGUGCUUUUAUUGUGUUAAUUCGAAGGCUUGAGUGCAACUUCGAUAUAAAGGUUUUAAAUGCACAGAGAGCAGGGUACAAGGCAGCAAUAGUCCACAAUGUGGAUUCCGAUGACCUCAUAAGCAUGGGAUCCAACGACAUUGAGAUUUUAAAGAAGAUUGACAUUCCUUCUGUCUUUAUUGGUGAGACAUCAGCAAAUUCUCUUAAAGAGGAAUUUACUUAUGAAAAGGGUGGCCAUGUUGUGUUAAUCCCAGAGUUCAGUCUUCCUUUGGAGUAUUACUUAAUCCCGUUCCUAAUAAUAGUAGGGAUCUGCCUUAUUCUCAUCGUGAUAUUUAUGAUCACAAAAUUUGUGCAAGACAGACACAGGGCAAGAAGGAAUCGACUUAGGAAAGAUCAGCUUAAGAAACUUCCUGUACAUAAAUUUAAGAAAGGAGAUGAGUAUGAUGUAUGUGCCAUUUGUUUGGAUGAAUAUGAGGAUGGAGACAAGCUCAGAAUCCUUCCGUGUUCUCAUGCAUAUCACUGCAAGUGUGUGGACCCAUGGCUGACAAAAACCAAAAAAACAUGUCCUGUAUGUAAGCAGAAAGUGGUCCCUUCUCAGGGGGACUCAGAUUCUGAAACAGACAGUAGUCAAGAAGAGAAUGAAGUAUCUGAAAAUACUCCUUUGCUUAGGCCAUUAGCCUCGGUUAGUACUCAGUCAUUUGGGGCUUUGUCAGAAUCUCAUUCCCAUCAAAAUAUGACUGAGUCCUCAGAAUAUGAGGAAGAUGACAAUGACAAUAUUGAUAGUAGUGAUGCAGAAAAUGGAAUAAAUGAAGAAAGUGUAGUGGUUCAACUGCAGCCCAAUGAUGAAAGGGAUUACAGAGUGGCAAAUACUGUUUGAGACUACUAGUGAUGAAAAAUGUGUGAACAAAAGAGUUCUUAUGGCUAUAUUUUACAAACAUUUACGUAGGGAAUAUAUUUUAUUUUGCAAUUCAUUUGGUUACUUCAGUAGGAGCAGCAGUUCAUGUAGUAGUACUGUUGUUUAAUCAUACUGCAGAUAAGAUUUAUUUUUGAUUCAGGUAUUCAGUCACACAUUGUCUUCUCAAAAUGCACAGUUUAACUGGAUUUCACAAUGCUAAUGAAUAAUGUUAAUAGUUUACAUCAACAGAAAUGUCACACAGACUCUCCUUUAAAUGUCAGUAUCUUGUUGAAAAGGGAUUUAGCUGGAAAUAGCGUGGCUUUUUUCCCCCUGUAUUAGAUUUUGUAGGUACAACUGGGUCAUACUGAUGGCAAUAUUUAUUAUGUGUAUGGUGUUACCGCUUAAGCCCUACUAAAAAUGUAUUUGAUGCAUGUUUGUAUAGAGUUUUCCUAAAAACUGCCACCACUUCUGAAAGAAAAAUGUAGAACAGAUCAGUGUUCUAUAUGCUGCUGUAUCGAAAGAAGGAAAACUGACACUUUCAUCUCAAAGCAGAGAUUCCAAAUUAUCCUUUGGCAUUUGCAGCAGCAGUUGAGUUAAAGCAGUUCUUUUGAGCAGUUCCUAGGAUAAGGAAACUUAUAAUCUAUGUUUAGUUUUAAGUGAUUCAGAAAGUAAGAUCCAUUUUUAACACAUAAAUUGGCCCUAUUUGCUACUACCAUGUAGUCUAGUUUCCUGUGAUCAUGUUAGAGAUGUGGAGUGACCAAAACAGAAAAAGCAAGCAAAGUUCCACAUUUGGGGGGGGGGGGGGAGUUUAGGUAAGUAUUGUAUUGGUCCUUAAGUCAUAUACCUCUUACUAAAGAGCAUUUUAUGCUGCAUUAGUCUGCUAAACUAUGUAUAUAGAAAAAUUGUUCUUUUCAAAUAUCUGAUUUGAAAACAAGUGCUUACAACUAUUGAACAGAACUCAAUACUUAUCAGUGUAUUAUGAAAAAAGUAAAUUAUAUAUAAUACCUCUGUAACUAUGUAGAAAGUAACAACACACAUGUAUAAUCAAAAUGCAGAGUUUUUAUAUGGCCUUGAAUAAGGAAAGCUUGAAAGAAUGUUAAUAAACAUGUUUUCCACUUUAA